AUGAUAUCAACUGCUUUACUGGUAAUAGGUCUUUCUUUUGUAUUCAUCGGCUGCUUUGCACAACAGUUGUUAAGCUUAAGCUCCUUAAAGGGGCUUGGGGUUCUCAAUGAACUGAAUGCUGAACCGCCGUAUAGCAGACUUUCUACUUUGGCAUUCACGUAUCAAAGCCCAAGUCAACUCAUUCCAUUUGCAGUUUUUGAAAAAGCUUAUAUUAAUACAACACUUGGCGAUAAUGAAUUGAAAAAUCUAAGUGGAGUCAUGUAUAUUACUAGUUCACACCAAUGGAAUAAUAAUGGAACUUAUCGAAAUCGAACCCAAUGCAUACAAACGAAGGCGAUUUGUUUUUUUCUUCUGUGAAUAAGUUUUCAUUGCGUAUGACUGCAUUCUAUAUAAAAAUCACUGGUCUGCUCAAAUUUGUAAUUGGACCCGGAAAAUACGAUAUCGAUGGAUUUAAUACAUCAUCCUUCACUACAACUGGGUUUUAUAUGAAACUACACGGCGAUGAUGAUAGCACUACAACCAUUAAUAUUAGAAGAGACACUUCAUAUAACGGAUCUUCUGGUGCAAAUGUUGUCGGGCAUCUCCCUCCUGGAGGAGAGGUCACUGUAAAUUUCUAUGACAACCCCUUGAAGUAUGAACAAUCAGUGGUUCCAAAUGGUUCCUUCACACCCUGGGGCAUUCCAAAUAUUGCGCAGACUUUUGAAAUUUCGUCAACAAACGGAAAAGCUGGAGAGUACUAUGUGCAAUAUUUUGUUCAUCGAGGAACAAAGAAGGAAACAACUGUGAAGCCAACAACAACAACCGUAACUACAACUACAAAAACAACGACAACGCAGCAACAGCCCCAGACUACUCAGUCUGUAGUUAUUCAGACAACAGCAACAUCCACAAUUCAAACCACAACUAAAUCCACUGUAAAUGUCAAGUUAAUUGUAUCUACGGUCACUUUGUUAAUGUUCUGGUUGUGA